AUGUUUAAGAAGUUUUCUAAAGAGGAUAUACAUACUCGUACUAGAGUGAAGUCAUCUGUGCAGAGAUCCUUGAAGGCUACGCUGGUUAAACAGUUUCCAGGUCUGGAGGAAGUGAUCGACGAGUUGAUACCUAAGAAGGCUGAAAUGCAAAUUAUAAAAUGUACGGAUAAAAUACAAUUGUAUACUGUUGAUAAUGAAGUGUAUUUCUUUCAAAAGUUUGAUGAAUUGAUUCCUACAUUGAAAUUUGUUCAUAAAUUUCCUCAAGCGUUUCCCACGGUUCAAGUCGAUAGAGGGGCUAUUAAGUUUGUAUUAUCUGGGGCUAACAUUAUGUGCCCGGGUCUGACUUCUGCUGGUGCUAAGAUUCCAGAAUCUCCCGGCUUUGAGCAGGACUCUCUUGUUAUCAUUAAUGCAGAAAACAAAGAGAAUGCCCUUGCUGUUGGUAAGCUAUUAAUGUCGACUGAUGACAUUCGUUCUAUCAACAAAGGCCAUGGGGUAGAAAUGAUCCAUCACUUGGGUGACUGCCUCUGGAAUUUCAGUUUAGAUUAG